AUGAAGACCUUCGUCACCCUCGUCGCCCUCCUGGCUCCCGCUGCCGUCGUGGCCCAGACCGCCACCACAACCGCCACAUCCUCGUCAUCCACCUGCGAAGCCGACUACAUCGUUGAGGACUGCCUGACCAGCACACAAGCUCGCCAGGCAGAGUGUGGCAGCCAGGAUUACACGUGCCAGUGUGCCGCGUACGAGGCCAUCGCGACCUGCUACAACAACUGCCCAAACGACCCCCGCGCGUCCACCGCCCAGGGACAGGUGACUCAGUUCUGCGCCCUGGCCAGCCAGUACGCCUCCACCAACACGGCCUCGGCCACCGGCAGCGCCGCCCGGACGUCGUCCACGGGUUCAGCCACGGCCACGGCCACGGACUCCGAGUCUAGCAGCACCGGCACCUCCACCAGCUCGAGCAGCUCCAGCUCCUCCAGCUCGUCCGCCAACUCGGCCGCCGACCUCGCCAUCAGCGCCGGCGGCCUGCUGGCUGCCGUCGCCGGCGUGAUGGGUGCCCUGCUGUAG